CUUCUCCAUAUCUGGUGGCUUGUUUAUCAUUAAUGUAAAAUGAUCCAACUAUUACUCGUAGAUGUCAAUUUCACCGCGACUGUUCCCGGCGGAAUUUAUACGGAUUUACAGAAGAAUAAUAUAAUAGAGAGCAAUCUGCAUGGAAGAAACGAUGUCAAUAAUCGUUGGGUCGGAAAUCAGUCCGUAAUUUAUACUAAAAAUUUUAACGUGAGCGAUAAUUUUCUAAAGGCUCGCAAGAUAGUCUUGAUUUUUCACGGACUCGAUACGUUUGCCAAUAUUUCAUUGAACAAUCAUGCGAUUGGAGAGGCUUUAAAUAUGUUUGUGCGAUAUAUUUUUGAUGUGACAGACUUCAUCAAGGAAGGACAAAAUGUAUUGAAAGUCACAUUUCGCUCGGCUGUUAAAGCAGCUGAAGAUUUAUACAAUGAGCAAAGAAAAAACUACAUUGUACCACCAGUGUGCGUACCUAAGCAGUACAACGGACAAUGUCAUGUAAAUCAUAUUCGUAAGAUGCAGGCAAGUUUCUCGUGGGAUUGGGGACCUGCUUUCCCCUCUGUUGGCAUUUGGAGAAACGUUGAAUUGAUUCCCGUAAAUGAUAUAUUGAUUAAUGACAUUACGACUGAUAUACACAAAGAAAAUGAUGCCUGGAACAUCGUCAUUACGAUAUUUCUAGAGGCAACGCAGAGCGAGGAUGAAAGAUUCACGGAAAUCGGUUGUCAUGUAGCGUCGAUAUUGCAUAUUUCACAAAGCAAACUCAUCAGCAACACUAGCGAGGUUGUACUUGAUGCAAGUGGCAAGUACAUAAAUGUUAACAUUUUGCUCAUCGUGCCUGUGGAUGCCGUUGAAAACUGGUGGCCGAAUGGUUACGGCAAGCAACACUUGUACUAUUUAACUACCACCGUGACAACUGCGAACGAUGUACUAUACAAGCGGAUUCGUAUAGGCUUCAGAACGGUGGAGCUGGUGGAGGAACCUCUGAAGAAAGGAUUGAGCUUUUACUUUCGCAUAAACGGCGUACCGAUUUUCGCCAAAGGUAGCAACUUUAUUCCGGCCAGUGUCUUCCCCGAGCUAGGCGCGCAAGAGGACACCAUCAGGAACUUGUUGUUAUCCGUCAAAGAGACACAUAUGAAUAUGCUAAGAGUAUGGGGUGGUGGUGUCUACGAGUCGAAAUUAUUUUAUGACCUAGCCGACGAAUAUGGGAUCAUGAUUUGGCAAGACUUUAUGUUUGCGUGUGCUAUGUAUCCCACGAGUGACUCAUUCCUGAGAAGCGUGAAGGAAGAAGUAUCGCAAAACGUGAUACGUUUGAAGAACCAUCCAAGUGUCGUGCUUUGGGCUGGUAAUAACGAGAAUGAGGCAGCGCUUCAUGGAAAUUGGUACGGAACUGGUUCUGCUCAGGUCUACAGAGAAGAUUAUGUGAAACUUUACGUGAAUCUAGUAAAGGUGGAAGUGGAGAAACUGGAUCCUACAAGGCCAUUUGUCGUGUCUAGUCCAGGCAAUGGGGCAUACGAAGAAACGUACAAUUAUACUGGAGUAAAUCCUUACUCAAAUCUCUAUGGCGAUGUUCACUAUUACAACUACAUUAGAAAUGGAUGGGAUAUCACUCAGUAUCCUCGAACGAGAUUUUGCUCCGAAUAUGGAUUUCAAUCUUGGCCGUCGAUGUACACGAUAGUAACUGCUAUAGAAAGCGCGAAAGAUCUUCAUGUCAGCAGUGAUUUCGUGAAACACAGGCAACAUCAGCCACUCGGCAACCAAUAUAUGCUGCUGUUGAUCUUACAUAAUUUUGCUGUACCACAGAGUAACGAUAGCAUCCGAGAUUUCGCGAAUUACGUAUAUCUCAGUCAAGUUAAUCAAGCUGUUUCUAUAAGGAUACAAACGGAAGCGUACAGACAAGCUAAGUCGGAGGUGAAUUCCAUAGGUGAGGGUAUGACAAUGGGAGCUCUCUAUUGGCAGCUGAAUGAUGUUUGGCAAGCUCCUUCGUGGUCUUCCAUAGAUAUUGAAGGUCGCUGGAAAAUGCUGCAUUAUUAUGCCAAGGACUUUUUUGCGCCCAUUAUCGUUACGCCACAUUUGUCCACCUCCAACGAGCUGUCAAUAUACGUAGUAUCCGAUCGAAUGUACAGCUUAACAAACUGUACAGUAAAACUUCAUAUUUAUAAAUGGGAAUCCAUGAAACAUAUAUUCGAAUUAUCGUUCAAUAAUAUCAUAAUACAAUCUAACAAAGCCAUGAAAGUUACGUCCUUUUGGUUAGACGAGUUUCUGCUUCAAAUGGGAUGUGGAUCAUUGGAAUCUGCUAAGAGAUCCUGUAUAGUCACUUUAUCUCUCAUGGAUAAAUCUGGAUCCCUAAUCGCGCCAGUUAAUUAUGUAUAUCCCGAUGCAUUAAAAAAUGUAGAUAAACCAAUUGCCAAUGUCACUAUGAAGAUUGAAGAUAACCAUUUACCUGGGAAACUUUCCAAUUAUGCAGAUUUCAAAAUUGUGUUGUCGACGAAUAAUAUAGCGUUAUUUGUAUGGUUGGAAGUAGGCAAUAUACGUGGUCGGUUCUCGGAAAAUGGUUUCCACAUGUUUGUAAACGAGAAGGAAAUUAUUUUCCAUGCGCACGAAGCAACCACAGUUGAAUUGUUGCGGAGUAAUAUAAAACUAACGCAUCUAUCGAAUGUUUAUAAUACACAUGGCAAUUUUGAUAGUGAUCACUUUGUUAAAAAGACAGAUUUAGAUUGAUAAAAAAUUUCGUAAAACUUCCUUGUAUAAUUACAUGGGUCAAAAAUUACUAUAAAAAUUGUACGUGCAAUGCCUUUGUGACAAAUGCUACGUGUAUCCACUUUUGCGAAUAAAUAAACUUUAUUUAUUCAUGCUCCAUA